GACUGGAGGAGCAUUCCAGACGAGACAGCUGCCAGCCCUCAGGCUCCCUCUGGCAUCUGGGAUUGCACUGGAUCUGCACACUCUGAGCAAGGUUCCUCCAAGCUGAAGCCAUGAGGAUCCACAGCCUCACCCUGCUGCCCUUCCUCCUUCUGGCCGCUCAGGUAUUCUUGGUGGAGGGCCAAAAGGAAAUACAGAACCAAGAUGUCAGCAAAGCCACGACGGAUAAACUGCACACUCUGGGAAACCCCCAGAUUGAGCAGAGAAGCCAGCCAGCCAAACACCUGAAGAAAGGCAAGUUUGUCACCCAAGACCAUGCCGACUGCAGGUGGGUGGUGACUGAGCUGGGGAAGGGCAUCUCCCUGAAGAUUGAGUGCACCCAACAGGAAAAGAAGUUUUCCUGUGUCUUUACUGGCAAUCCAACCUCAUGCCUAGAGUUGAACAAAAAGAAUAUGUAUUGGAAACAAAUUGGCCGGAGUCUGCGCUCUCAGAAGGCCAUCUGUGGAGACUCCAAGAGCGUCCUGAAGACCAGGGUGUGUAGAAAGAAGUUUCCAGAAUCCAAUCUCAAGCUAGUGAACUCCACUCUGAUUGACAGCAAGAAACCCAGCCAGGAGUAUAUGGAGCCCUCACCUAGCAAGCAGAGCAAGGUCACUGAGGCAUCCUUCAUGGAGCCUAACAAGGUCAAACAGUUUUCUUCCAGGGAGCAGAUCAAGGUCAAAGAGAACACCCCCACCAGCCCAAUGGAGACCCAAACUAUGGCCAUCAACAAUCCCGAGUGUGUGGAUGACCCAGACAUGGUAAACCAGAGGAAGACAGCUCUGGACUACUGUGGAGAGUCUUGGAGCUCCUUCUGCCUGUUCUUCCUCACCAUGUUUCAGAGCAAUACAUGCUAAACAGGUCUAAACAGAACAGAAUCCAUUAGGAGUUGUUAUGUCAAAUCUCGUCAAUAUGCUGUAAAGCUCUCCAAGCAAAAUGAACAUUUGUGCUACAGGAGCACAUUGGAAUAUUUAAACAGGUUUUGUAAUUUUUGUAGUUGUGUUUUGGAACUUACUUUAUAGUCAUGUGAUUUUCAGAGGUUGUUCACCUGAGUAUAUGUUUCCAUGCCCCACAGAGCUAUGUGUAUAUGAGGAAUGAUGACAAGUAUUAGAGCUGAAUGAGCCAAAGUGAAUUCAGUGUGAUACACUUUCUGCUGAAUUAACAAAGAUAAUAAAGCUCUGGGUGUUUUUCAGAAAA